AUGUCGUUGACAACAAGUGUCCCUGUUGGCAAAGUACUUUUUGAAAUUGGCGGUCAUUUUGAAGUGCGCGAGGAAGUUGCCAAAGAAGGUAUGUGGAUAUCUUUUGUACUUACGCUAGCGUUGCGCUUGGCAGCGGCAAAACUACCCAUUCGUACCGAGUUUAUUACAAAAAACACGCCACCACGGCUUGGGCGCGAAGUCAGCUCUAGCUUGAUUGCGAAUAUGCCCACACGACCUGAAGAUAUGCCAUAG